AUGAAGCCAACGUGGCCAAGGCGAUCAGCAGCAUGGAGGAGGGCGAAGACGGCACAAGCGGAAGCAAAUUGGAAUCUCUGGAAUGAGUCCGGGAAGUACUGUCAGCUGGGGAGCAUUUGGUCGCUCCAAGACGCAGGCUCCGGACAUUGGCGCCCUGAUGGUUACACAACAAGAGCACAUGCAUAUCCCUUGCUUCCGCCGAAGUUGAAUCACACGACGCAAGGGGGAUAUCAAGUGAUUCGCGGUCUAAAAGACCAGAGACUGCCGUCUCGGCACGAGAAACUGCGACCCGAUGCUCCCACGGAGCCUCCUUCUCACUGCAACAUGGACGUUCGAAGAUCGAGGAGCUCGUCGGGACCACUACGAACACACGAUCCUGCGACGCGGAACCAGGCGCUGGAAGCUCGAGUUUCUCGACCAAAAAUGGCUGCAGCAAAGUCUGGAGCUGAGUCUAUGUUGCGAACGCCAGCAGUAGAUCAGUCCAGGACCGGCCGCUUGUCUGAAGAACAAUCAACAACGGCAUGCGAAGAGUCAAAAUCCACCUGUGCGACCUGUCAGCAUGUCCUCUGCAAAUGCCGCAGCUACGGGCCAGGUCUCGUUCGAAGUAGCCCGGAGCCGGACGAUGAAGACCUCUGCCUCUGCUUUCCGUGUAUUCUGAGCUAUCUGGGACGCUACAUCGAAGCCUCCAGCGAACGGCAAUGCUACCCAGAACUUCAAGCAAAGGGUUUCUCGCAAGAACAACAGCUCGCCAUUGCCGAGGAGUGGUAUUGGAUCAGCGUCGAGCGUCACACGGCCAUCCAGGAUUAUCUCCACGGCGUGGGAAUACUCGGUGAUGGAUGCGCUUGGAGACCGCCGCCGGUGUCAGCUUUGACGAUGCGUCCGAGGUCGCCACCUGCGUCUUUGUCGACGAUGAGGAGCGGAGUGGGAGUGGUGGUUGAGCAGAAUGGACUACCAAAGAAGUCUGGAUGCAAGUAG